AUUUCAGAUUUGAAUUAAAAUGGCGCUGACUCUGGAUAUGGGAUAUCCGGGAUCAUUUCCCGCAUUUCAUGAUUCCGAACAGGGUUCCAGUGCAGCACUUACGGAACUAGAUAAAGGAUUAAGAUCUCAACGCCCUGGAGAACAAAGUGAAGCUAUCGUCAAGUUCCCGAGACUUUUUGAGAAAUAUCCGUUCCCUGUUCUAAUCAAUACAGCACUGCUUAAGUUAGCCGAAGUGUUCAGACAAGGGUCUAAUUUCUUGAAACUGUGUGUGCUGAGGGUCUGCCAACAGAGUGAACGCCACUUAGACAAGGUUACAAGUGUUGAUGAGUUGGUGCGACGAAUAAUCACUGUUAUGAACAGCAAUGACCCGGUUGCACGAGCACUUACACUUAGAACGCUUGGAGCUCUGGCAGGAAUACUUUUUGAUAGGAAGCAAGUACACCACAAGGUACGGAGUAGUCUGGACAGCCAGGACUCUGUAGAAGUAGAAGCAGCAAUAUUUGCUGCAGAAAGAUUUUCAGCGCGUAGUAGAACCUUUUCUGUGGAUAUGUGUCCUAAACUAUUAGAAAUGAUUCAAGGAUACGCCACCCCUCUCCCGGUGAAGCUUAAGAUAAUCCCAGUGUUAGAGCAUAUGCAUCAUGAUGCCAACACCGCUACUCUGGUUAGAGCAGCUUGUCUAGAACUUCUGCCCAGCUAUCCCGGGCAUCAGUUUAUGCUGGUCAUCCUACAGACCCUCACUUCACUCUCACAACAUACAUUCAUCCAUAUACCAGACCAGGUCAGUCUUCUUCUGGAGUGUUUGAGUAGGGAUCCAAGGCGUGGAGUACAGGAUGGUGUUUUAUCCGAUCUUAAUCUGCUAGCCGGGGAGGAUACUGCUCAUCUUUGGUCAAGGGAGAACGUGGAAGCUUUGAUAGAGUUUGUGAACAAAUUGAACAAGGAUGAUCUUAAAGUUUCUGCAAUUAAUAUUCUCCGUAAACUAAUAGAGGCUGGAGGAGUAUAUUUGUUAGAGUUAGGACCAGGAUCCUCAAUCAGCAACCUCUGCCAGACAUUCUGCUAUUCUCCUGACCUCGCCGUAGCCUCGGCCUCCACACAUCUUCUCACACAGUUGGCAGUAAGUUGUUGUAAGGAGGGGAUAUCCAAUCCUGAUUUGGAUAUUGUUACAGAAGCUAUACAGCACAGAUCUGGAUAUUGCUACAGAAGCUAUACAGGUAAACAGGGGAUAUCCAGCACAGAUCUGGAUAUUGUUACAGAAGCUAUAUACAGUUUAACAGGGGAUAUCCAGCACAGAUCUGGAUAUUUUUACAAAAGCUAUACAGGUAAACAAGGGAUAUCCAGCACAGAUCUGGAUAUUGUUACAGAAGCUAUACAGGGCAUUGAAUCCUUAUGUUUACUGGUAUCCAGUGGGGCAGGCGAAGUCCAGCAUUACAUCACUUUUCUGAAGACAGCACUCAAGUGUGUUAUUUUACUCUGCAGUACAAAACCAGAAUAUACAGGGGAGUUUGUUGAUAUACUUGGUGGUAUGCUGGAUUCUAAAUACAAGGAUAGUAUUGGUAUGCUAUCAGUGUGUCAAACUUUAGCUGCACUAGCAGGCAUGAAACAGAGCGUGCUUUCUCCUCUUGUUCCUGAUAUUUGUUCAAUUAUCCAAUCCAUUAUCUUGGAGAGAGAAGCAGAGAUGGAUUACUCUAGGGAUGAAAAUCCAGCAGAACGGAACAAGAUCCUAGUUCUCCUUCUUACAAUCCUCCUUCAGACAGUCCGUGGACACACCUGGAGUCAGGACAUAGAGCAAACAUUUAGAUCUGGAGCACAACUACUUGAUAACUGGAGCAAAUAUAGAGUCGGUAGAGCAGCUUCUAGAUAUGGAGAACACCAGCAGAGUCGAUUCCUGUUCUCUGAGCUGAAGGAGAAGGUUUGGACAGAGAAUUUUAACUACUGGCUCCAGAGCCUAGAGUUUUUCUCUAGGGGAGAGGAAAUACUGGCUAGGAAGGAGAAUACACCCCUCCAGGAGAAACUAGUUUCGGCUGCUACGAUGUUCCAGCGUGGGUUGACCUGCCUACGCGCAGGUAGCUCGGUCCAGCAACCAAUGCGCUUCCAACAGGAUUUUAUCAAGUGUAGAAUACAUUAUCUUCAGGUGCUGACACAGCUGACAGCAGCAGCAACCAGUUUACAGACUUCUCCGCCACCAGCCAUAGCCGCGGCAUUAGCUGCGCAGUCACGUGAUGAUCUACAGCGUUGCGGUCGAGUCACAGGACAGUUACGUAAAGUUGUAAAAGACCUGCAAACCUGUGCACAAGCCUGGACAACAUUAGCUGAGAGCUCGUUUGACGCUGACCCUGCCAGUCUGUCACAGCUACUCGUCCUGCAGAAGAUGGUCAGCAACCUGGCAAUGUGGAUCGAGAUAGUUUGUUUAAAAUCUAGUUUACAGGGUUCUAUCUACACGGAUACUAUGUUUAAAGUAGUUAGGAGGGGGUUAAUUGUAUUGUUUUAUUGGGUGGGGGGGGCUCCAUUAUAUCUUCAAGCUUGGUCUAUUUUUAUAUAUUUUUUUCAGAAUAUCGGAUCUGAAUUUAAAAGUUUAUCUGAGCGUCCAGAUACACGUCCUAUCUCCCAUCAUCACACCUCCUGUAUAUUCUCAGCUAUUAGAGCUAUUAACUCCUAUCCUCUACCCUACCCCAGAUUUUUCUACCAGUCCCUGCAGGAGACGAGAUUGAAGAUAUCAGUGACCCCGCAGAGUCGUGCAGCUGGAGAACCUGUGCAGGUCAACACGUCCCAGCUGCUAGCAAUCAAGGUCGAGGGAGUUAUAGAACGAUCAGGGAUUGAAAACAAACAAUCCAGAAAGGUGAGCCAGGUUGUCGUCCACUUGCAGUCCAUUCUGCAAUCCGGAAAAUCAGAAAAAUCUGUAGAAAAAUCCGAAUCCGGAUCAUCAGCUGAACAAAGUGCGGAUAUUCAGAACGAUUUCUUUGCAGUUCAGUUUCUGACUCCCUUCCCUCAGCCAGGACUUUACAAUCUCGCCCUAGAAGCAAAACUUAUAGACUCAGACGGAAACAGAUGGAGAACUGGUGUGAAGCAAAGCUUGAUCGUUAAAUCUUUCGAAGAUCGAACUAACGCCAGUCGAUCUGUGCCAAGAUCUUGAUCGAACCAGAGAUAUGAUUGCCGACCUUUCUCCAAUUAUUUAUGUUCAGUCCAAAAAGGUGGAUUCUCAUUUGAACUACUGCCGUUUGAACUAUGGUACGUUUGAACUAUUGUUCGUUUGAA